CGUUGUACUAUGCGAGUAUAUGCAAUAAGUGAAGCGCUACAACAGCUGUCAACUGUGUCAUUGGAGCAUGCCGUGGUCAGUCACUUUUUCGUCACACCUCAAGCUGACAAAUUUCCUCAAACUGUCAUUACUAGCAAUCUACAAUGCAACGCACCUUCCUUGCGUUCCAACGCAACGCUCACCUCCACACUUUGCAAACCGUAGUGACGGCAGUGAAAUCAAUAGCCUCGCUCGAAGAAACCAAUAAAGCACUAUUCAAGCAAGCCACCGACGAAGACCAUGUCGUGGUCACAGAACAAACCAUAUUUCACCCUCAAGGCGGCGGUCAGCCCUCAGAUGUGGGUGUCAUGAAGAGCGAUAGCGGCAAUGUCAUAUUCGACGUCCUGAGCGUGCGCAUGUGCACUGUCAACGAGGGCCAGGUCAUACACUUUGGCCGCUUCUUCACAGACGACAGUAAGAAAACUAUCGCUGCGUCAUCGGCCUUCAAGACGGGAGAUAAAAUCACACAGACUAUCGACAGCGCUAAGCGCGAGCUCUACUCGCGGUAUCAUACAGCUGGUCAUGUACUGGGUGCGGCGGUGCGGCAUCUGCUUGAAAAUGAGAUCGACGGAUUCGACGAGCUGAAGGCGUCGCAUUUCCCGGACUCGGCAGCGUGCGAGUUCCAGGGCUUGAUUGAGGGGAAAUGGAAGGAGGCAAUUCAGACGCGGCUGGAUACCUACGUGGAGAAGGAUAUGCCGGUUGAGAUUGACUGGUGGGAUGAAGAGGAUUUCCGAGCCCAUGGGCUGGAGAGGCUCAUCCCGGACCGGAAGGCCAUGGGUAUGACGGAUGAUGAGAACUUUAGGGUGGUUAAUAUUGUGGGUGCUGAGGCGUAUCCAUGUGGGGGUACGCAUGUGGAUAGCACUAUGAUGUGCGGAAAGACGAAUGUGAGGAAGAUUAGUCGUGCGAAGGGGACGAGUAGAGUGAGCUAUGCAUUGCCGUAACACCACUUUGUUCCAUGUUAGAUCUAGAGGUCGGGCUCGAGAUAUACAUAGAAGUCAUACAUGUGAAAAGCUACCAAUAGAUAAUUUACCGGC